CUAGCAACGCUCGGCGUUUCUCCUCCUGACUCUGGAAAACCUUUAUCUGACAUAACGUUUUAUUUCAAAAUUGAUUUGACCGGCAAAAACAAAAAACAAAACAAAACUUCCCUGUAACACAGCAAGCGUUAGUGCGAGGCUAAACAUGAUAAACGAAAAGCUGAGUUUGACUUGUGAUUCACUCCUGUCACACCGGCAGCUCGCUUGCUGUCGCUCUCACAGCGGCAUACCUCACCGUGACAAGAAUGUGCUCAUUUACAGCAACAACCAGACGCAACAGAAGCCGCUGCUGCUAACAGGUCACCAUGACGACAUCAGUGCUAUGGCCUUUGGGAAAAGAAGCGACCCUGUAAUCCUCUGUUCUGCAUCUUCUGAUUAUAUCAUCCUCUGGGAUGUCGAGGCAUGUCAGAAAAGAACACAAGAGGGUAAACUUGCUGCUGGAAUGGUGAUUGGGACUUUGCUGGGAAAUGUUGUUCAUCUCUCAUUCUGUUUCUCUGAUGAACGGGUGGCAGCAUGCUCAGGAACAACUUUAUAUGUUCUCAGUUCAAAGAAACAGGAAGUGAUUUGCACAUUAAAGGGCCACCUCGGACCUUUAACAUCUGCCGAGUUCUGUCCCUGGAACCCUAAUGUUCUUGUCAGCACCUCAGAGGAUCGCACUUUUAAGGUUUGGGAUUUAAAAACUGGAGCUGUUUUCUACCAAUCCUUUGUGCUGUCAGGGUCUCCUCUGCUCAGUGUCUUGUUAUUGGAGAAGGAACAGCAUCUUAUCACCGGCUCGACUGAUGGACAGGUGUGGUGCUUUUCCUUCGAUGAUGACUACAAAUGCCACCUUGUGAAGAAAAUGGACCUUCAGAAGAUGGAGAAAAGGCACAAAUGGCGCCAGGAGACUCUGAACCAUCAAAUAGGUGUUGCUGAACAAUCAGUUGUUGAUAAAGUGGAGAUCUCAAAGCCCGUCAUCCAAAUGGCUUCAUGUGGCCCAUUUGCAGAAAUCCAUUUUGGCCAAGAAAUAGACAACAGCUGGUUUUGUAUAGGAAGCUCUGAUGGUCUUUAUGUGGUGGAGCUGGCUACCUCCGAACUCCUAACAGUGCUGUAUUUCAAAGAUAACCCCACCCUGAGCAUCUCAAUGGCUGGAUCCUGGUCAAUCUGUCCAGGGUCUGAUAAUUCUAUGGUAGUCCUAGUGAGCGCUCUGUUUAAGCCAUGUGUGGUUUUGCUGGAAUUGUGCUUGAAUGACCCAAGGAGAACGGGAGAAGGCGGUGGAGGCUUUUCUGUCUUUCCAAGUUCUCCUCCACUGCUUGAGUCUCCUCUGAAUGCUGAGUUAAAGAGGAAGGACCCGAGCCAUCCUAAAAAGAAAGCAGGUAUAAAGGAAAAGCCUCUAGUUUUUCACUCGAAAGUAAAGUCCUCUGGAUACACCACCACCCCAAGAAUGACUAUGUUUUCACCACAAACCAGUGCGCAGAAGAAAACAUCCUGUAAAAGGUCCACAAAACAUUUAGGCUUACUCCGGAGCAACUACCCAGAGGACAGUGCAGCACCAGCUGAACCACAUAUCGCUCUUAAAAUUGCCAACAAGCAAGUCUCCUGCCUUCAGUAUUCAGGUGAUGGAAAACAGAUCCUGUGUGGUCUUGGCGACCGGUCGGUGUUAUUGUACAAUUCCUGCCUUACUGGGAGCCCAACUGCCUACGUAGGUCAUGACAAGCCGGUGAGCAGUGUGAACUGGAGCCUCUGCCGACAGUGGUGGCUGAGUGCAGCAGAAGAUCUAUCGCUACGAAUCUGGACGAAUUCUAGCUCUGAGCCUGCCAUUAUCAUGGGUGACACUAUGUUCUCCAAACCCAUUAGAGGUGCUCAGUUUUAUUACCUAGAUAAAUUUAUACUCCUAACAUCUGGACCAUCUGUACACUUGUACCUGUACAAUGUGGACCUCACCCGUGAUGACAUAAAAAGAUAUAAGCAGCGGAGUUUCAUCAAACUGACAAGUUGCCUAACACCAUCAGCCUCGGACAUCACAGCCUUAUCUGCGGUCAAUGAUUUCCUCUCGUACAUUGUCCUGGUGUGUUGUUCAGAUCGGUCCAUUCAAGUUCUGGACAUGAACAAAGGUACAGUUGGUUCUGUGGUGCCUGAUGCUCACAGCAGGGCUAUCCACUGUAUCACACAGAAUAAGGGGUCCACGUUCACCUCACAGGCUUUAGAGUCAUACAACUUAUUCCUCACCAGCGCAGUUACGGACGGUGUGAAAUUGUGGGACCUUCGCACGAUGAGGUGCGUACGCCGCUAUGAGAACCACGUGAAUCGCUGCCACCCAUGCUCCUUGGCCAUCUCACCCUGCGGCCGGUUUAUCGCCUCUGGCUCUGAGGAUAAAUGCGCGUAUGUAUACGAUAUCCGAAGCAGCACCUACCUCCACAAACUCCAGAGACACUCAGACACAGUCCUCACUGUGGCUUUCAAUCCUGCAACACCAGAGCUGUUAACAGGAACCCUGGACGGGAAGCUACGACUGUUUCAGUCCAGCACGGGCUCCCAUUUGUCCCAUGACACCAGCGCUGCUGUGCAUUGCGUUUCUAACGUGACUGCCUAAUUACAACUGGCUGCAGGAAAGGCCAUGCAGCUUUCAUUAAGGCAGCUGAAACCCACAGGCAGGGUUUUUUUUAAGAAAGUAAGAAUUUAUGUGUUUUGUUUCUAUUGCCUUUAGCUUAAUAAAGAUCAAGAGACAUGCAAAGCAUUAGUGCUUUUGUAUGUUUCUCUUUUUGUUUGCUAUGAAUUUAGAAAAUAAGCAAUACAUUGCAGCUUGUUCAUUUUAGCUAAUCUCCCUGUGUUUACUUAUUUCCUUCUGACGGAGAUUCAAAGGAAUGUCAGAGUUCCUCAACAAAUCCUUUGAUUCAGUUAACCACGUUAAUGUGAUGUGUCUGUAUUUGACAACUGUGGCGAAAUUUGCCAAAAAGCAACAUUGUUAUAAGUCCUUCUAAUUUCUUAAACAUUUUGGACGCUUAAGCAUCACAAUAAUUAUUGUUACACACUGUAUGUGGAACAGAUGUAUACUAUCACAGGCGGUGGCCACUUUUUAGCAAAUCAGCACGUAGAGCCAUGACAUCAACUGGGUGCAACCUUUUUGUCUGCCAGAAACACAGAUGCUCCUACUGUUCAUACUGACAAAACGCCCUUCAGUUUCCUUAGCUGCGUAUUAACUUUUUUUUACCUGAAGCAAAUGUAAUGACAGAAAUGUGUAUGUUGCAUAUGUAUUCGGAGUAAAGUAUCACAGAUCUUUAUUAUUGACAAGGUUUAAAUGGAUUCUAAAUAUUUGCAGUCUUCCUAUCAUGCCAUCUUGAUUUGUUGAGUUCCAUUUUAUGCAGAUGAUAUGCCAGUUUGCCAAAGCCAGCUAUCAAAAAGCAAUCUCAAGAAAAUUAGAUUUUCUUUAUUAUAAGCCAGUCAAAAUCCAGAUCCACCUCUAUGAUCAUAAUUUGCCGCUAGACCUCCACAAUAUAUCAAAUUGUAAUUGACAUUGUAAUGUCAGUGUGUGUGCAAUACCGCCAAUGCAAAGGACUACUUGUGCGAAAUAUUAUAUUUCAUUUGAAUUGGAUUCCUCAUCUGCAUAAAGGCUAAAUAAUAUAUUUGGUCAGUAGGAGGGACUCUAACAUCUCUCAAUACCCACAUUGAAUAUAUAUUUUGUAAUGUCUGAGAUGUUGAAUCUCACGUAGAGUGGUCAUUACAGAAAUUUUCCGCAUUAGUAUAACAACUACAUAUUGCUAGUCAAAUGCAAGAGUCCCUACUUUACACACAAACAUAAUUCUCUUCUCUGCUUGGAUACAUCAUGUUGAUGUUCCUUUUUAAAUCAUAUAAUACCUCAUGCUUUUGUUUUCUCCAGAAUAAAAAAAACAACAUCCUUCUACUGGUGUUUUGUAACACCUAAUCAA